CGACUUUGUUUUUGGGUUGAUUGUCACAACCUAUCAAUCACCCAGCCUCCUCCUCCGACAAUCCCCAUCUCCAUCUGUGCCAAUGUCUGCCCUCUCCUCCUCUUCCCAGCUGUCUCCUAUGAAUCCUCACAAAUGGUCUAGCCAGGCCCAAUUCCUUGCACCAGGGAGAGCUACUGCCACACACUUCUCCCCCUCUACCACCCCAGAUGCCACUGCCAUCAUUACAUAAUAGAUCCCGCGGGUACCUACUGGGUACCUAUAGACGUAGCUCUAUGGGUACCCAGUAGGUACCCCCCCGCAGCGGGGGUGCAGG